AAAGCGUUGCAUUGGCAAUGAAGGCAAUUGAAACUCAUCAUCUAAAGCUAUUACCAAAAGGUGCUUGUUGGUCACUUUUUGAAAAGCAUGCAUUUCGUGAUGGUAGCUCUAACGCAAAUCCAAAGAUAAAAAAAAUAGGUACUGAAAUUAUGAAAAAGUGCGAAGGUCUACCUUUAGCAAUCAAAGCCAUUGGCGAUCUCUUGUGGUUUGAAUCAAAUGUUGGGAGAUGGACGAAUAUAUUGAAGAGCAAUUUAUGGGAUCUUCCCAUGGAGGGGACAUACAUUCUUCCGGCUUUGAGGUUAAGUUAUAACUAUCUCCCCUCAAAUUUAAAAAGAUGCUUUGCUUAUUGUUCGAUAUUCCCAAUAUAUCAUAUUUUUCAAAAAGAUGAAUUAGUUUUGUUAUGGAUGGCGGAAGGCUUCUUGCAACAAUCCGAAAUACUAACUAUGGAAGAAGUUGGCAAUAAUUACUUCCAUUCUCUUGUAUCAAGAUCAUUAUUUCAACAAUCAAGUCAUGAAACUAAGUCAGGUUUUGUAAUGCAUGAUCUUGUCAGCGACGUGGCAAAAUUCGUGGCUGGGAAAUUUGGCACUGAUAAUUUAAAAAAAAUUGAGAAGAUGACUCGCUAUGUAUCGUAUUUCAGCAAAAGUUGGGGUCCAUUCCAUUAUAUUGAAGAUAAUCUUUUAGAGGCCAAACAAUUGCGCACUUUCCUUGCAUUAGGAUUUUCAAGCGGAUGGGUGAGGAAAAGCAAAAUACCAAGGACAUUAUUGUGCUUAAGAGUUCUCUCCCUAGGCAGCAUAGGCUAUGAGAUUACUAAGUUGCCUGAUUCAAUUGGCAAGAUGAAAUAUCUACGUUAUUUGGAUGUUUCUAAGGCAAUUAGAUUAAACAGGUUGCCCGAUUCCAUACGUAAUUUGUACAAUUUGCAAACGUUGAAGUUAUCAUGGUGUAGGGAGUUGGAUAGAUUGCCAAGAGAUAUGUGGAAACUCAUUAAUUUACGUCAUCUUGAAAUUGAUGGAACUUCCAAUUUAAAGGAGAUGCCGAUAAAAAUGGGUAGAUUAAGUUGUCUCCAGACGUUGCCAAAAUUCAUUAUCAGCAAACAUGAUAGAGCCAGUGGGUCUAGCAUUGGAGAAUUGGGAAAACUAAAAAAUCUUCGGGGAAUGCUUUUAAUUCAAGAGCUCCAAAAUGUUAGAUCAGUCGUUGAGGCUUUGGAUGCAAGCUUGAAGACGAAAGGUUAUCUCAAGAAGUUGGUGUUAGAAUGGAGUCCUCCAGAAGAAGGACUUGGUAUUUCAGAAAGUCAGAGAGGUGUACUUGAAUAUCUGCAGCCCCAUGAAAACUUGAAAAGUCUCUCCAUUUGGCACUACGGCGGUAGAGGUUUUCCUGAUUGGAUAGGAGGGCUUACUUCAUUGUCUGAGUUGAAAUUAAUUGAUUGUAAAUAUUGUUGUGACUUGCCACCCCUUGGGCACCUACCUUGUCUUAAGAAACUCUGGAUUGAUGGGCUGGAUGGAGUUGUUAAUGUGGGUCCAGAGUUUUAUGGAAAUAGUAGUAAUUCUUCAAUGAAGCCAUUUGGAAGUUUGAAAUUUCUGUGGUUGGUGAAUAUGAGGAAUUUGGAAAACUGGUUUUAUUUGGGUGCAGAAAAUGAAGUUGAAAUUUUUUCUCAACUUGAAACAUUGUCUAUUGAGAAAUGCCCCACGCUGACAGGAAGGUUGCCUGUAUGUCUUCCUUCGUUAGACAAGCUUGAGAUUAUGGAUUGUCAACAUCUCGAGGCUUCACUCUCCAUAGACUCUUUCCCAGUACUUACCAGUAUGAGAAUAAUUGGGUGUGAUAAUUUGGAAUUUCUUGCACCUGCAAAACAACAUGGGAAGUGUGAGCUCCCCAUGUACCAACAUUUUUCAUCUCUUGAAGAAUUGUACUUGAAGGAUUGUUGUGAUUCCCUGACGUCCUUUCCAUUAGACCUAUUCCCAAAUCUAAAGAGUAUUCGAAUCGAAGGGUGCAGGAAUUUGCAAUCUCUAGAACAACAUGGAGGUGAUUUAGUGAUAUCAAAAAUAGGAAUAUGGAGAUGUCCUAAUUUUGUAUCUUUUCCAAAAGGAGGAUUGCGUGCCCCUAACCUUGCAAUGUUUUCUCUCAAAAAUUGUGAGAGCUUGAGGUCAAUGCCCUAUAAGAUGCACCUAUUUCUUCCGUCUCUUUUUUAUUUGAAGUUAGUAAAUUGUCCAGAAGUUGAGUCAUUUCCGGAAGAAGGAUUGCCUUCCAAUCUAAAGAAAAUUGCGAUCUUGACUUGUAAGAAACUCAUUGCAAACCGGAAGGAAACACUUCCCCGUGUUGAAUGGUUGAAAAUCAACAACGACAAAUCAGAAGAUCAUGUAGAGUCCUUUCCUGGGGAGUUGUUGCUGCCCACCACUCUUACUUAUCUUUGUAUCAAAUCAAUUGGAAAUUUGAAAUCAUUGGACAAGGAGGGGUUUCAACACCUCACCUCCCUUGUACAAUUGGACAUCAUCGACUGUCCAAAGCUCAUGUACAUGCCAGAAGAGGACUUCCCUGCCUCCCUUCAUUUUUUAAAGAUAGAAAACUGUCCUGCAUUGGAGGAAGAGUUGAAAGAUCAAAAAAGAAAAGAAUGGCUCAAGGUUGCUCGCGUCCCCAACAUAGUUAUUGAUAAUGUACGCAUUCAAGGACGCGAAUGGCCACCAGAAUGGGCAAGUCGGUAUAAAUAUCAUGAUUUAAAGUUCGAACGACUAAUGAAUUACUACAGAUAUCAGAAUGUGGAGUAGGAUGAGUACUAUUAACGAGUUCUCGAUCGGGUAAAGUUGAUUUGAUCCCUGAGAAGUGAAGAUAUUUGCUUAAAUCUUGUGUGCGCGAGCGCUAGAAGCAACCUCCUACGUACCUAAUUUCCACGCACAUUAUUGCCUUCCAUUUCUAUAUGCAUUUCCAGAUCCAUGAAGGGAAUGGUUUGGCAGAUGGUUUGAGAAAUUUGGGAGCUGUGGAUGUGAGACUACCUUUUUGGACGUGGCAUGGCUAGUUGUGGACGUGUGAUUAGAAAUUAUGAUGCUAAGUUUGUUUAUGGUUUUUCUUGUCAUAUAUAUAUAUAUAUGGUUCAAGGGACAAACAUUUUUGCUCAACAUUC